AUGAUUUUACUUGAAGUUCAUAAUCGUAUAAUUGAAGAAUUAUUAACAACACAAAUUGAAACAUUUCUACGAAAAGAAAAAUUAGUUGAAAUAAAAACUGAUGUUGUUGAUUUUGAUGGUGCACUUUAUCAUAUAACAAGUUCUCGUGAUAAACCAUUUAAUGUUAGUAUUAAAUUAAAAUUUUAUCGUGAUAUAGAACAAUAUGGUACAGAUGAAGUUCUUCGUCGUGAAUAUGGUGAUUUACUUGUUACACCCUUAGAAGGUUACAAUGUUACAUUAUCAUUAGAUUUUAAUAAUCAAUUACCAAAGGGUGAUACGAAUGAAGCUUGGUUGCCAUUAGUUCGUAAAAUUGCUAUGCUUAAACGAAACUGUUUUGCUGCUGUAUUUGAAAAAUAUUUUGAAUUUCAAAGUAAACAAGAACCAACAACAGGAAAUCAUAAACGAGCUGUUAUACAUUAUCGUGAUGAUGAAACAAUGUAUGUUGAUGCAUCAUCGGAUCGUGUUAUUGUUAUUUUUUCAACUGUUUUUAAAGAUGCAGAUGAUAAUAUAAUUGGUCGAGUAUUUAUGGAAGAAUUUAAAGAACGACGACGACAAUUUCAACAAGCACCACAAGUAAUUGUUAGUUAUCGAACACCACCCGAAGAAUUAAAAGAUAUGCCUGAUGCACGUACAGGAGAUAAUAUUGGUUAUUUAACAUUUGUUCUCUUUCCACGUCAUACAAAAGCUGCAGCACGUGAUAAUACAAUCAAUCUCAUUCAUACGCUUCGAAAUUAUUUUCAUUAUCAUAUUAAAUGUUGUAAAGCACAUUUACAUGCUCAUAUGCGUCAUAAGACAAAUGAAUUUUUACGACGUCUUCAAUUAGCACGACCGGAAGUUAAAAAGAAUUUUCGACGUGGUGCAACUAAUGCAGCUGGCGAUGCACCAGCUGGUUUGGAAUAA